ACGUUGUCCAGCGUGACGCCUGAGCCGAUCAGCACCGGCAGCCUCGCCGCGACGCAUUCCCGCACUUCUGCAAGAUAUAAACGUUCGGUCGAUUGCUAAUCAUGAUACGAACAGGAUUAUUUCGUCGUGUGAGCCCGAAUAAUUAUUUUGUAACUCAAUUGUUUUCCAAACGCUUGAAAUACGUUGGUACAGGAGUGACAUUAUUAGGCGUUAGUUAUUCUCUGCUGCCUUCAAGAAGAAAAAGAAAUGUAAAGAACGUUAUAGGAAGUUGGACUAGAUUUGCAAGAUCAAUGAAGAUCGGUGUGAUGGUAUCUAUGGAUUAUUUGAUUGCUCCUGUAAUAGGUUAUACAGAGUCAGAAAUUCAUCAAAGAUCCGCUGAUCGAAUUGUUCAGGGAUGUUUGCAGAACGGUGGAAUUUAUAUAAAGCUUGGACAAGGUUUAGCGGCGGUCAAUCAUAUUUUGCCAAGAGAAUAUACUGAAAGCUUGUCAAUAUUACAGGAUAAGUGUUUAAUUCGAGAAAAGGACGAAAUGGAAGAAAUAUUUCUACAAGAUUUUGGCAAGAAACCUGAAGAACUAUUACGUAAUAUUGAAGCCGAGCCAGUCGCGGCUGCUAGUUUAGCUCAGGUAUACAAAGGUAUAACUCUAGAUGGAAAUACAGUAGCUAUCAAAGUGCAAUACAUUGAUCUUCAAGAUCGAUUUCUAUCAGAUUUGAAAGCAAUAGUACAUUUGUUAAAAGCUGUUACUGUUGUACAUCCAAAAUUUGAUUUGCAUUGGGUACUUGAGGAACUUAUUGAUACACUUCGCAUGGAGUUAGAUUUCGAAAAUGAAGGAAAAAAUGGAGAACAAUGUGCCAAGGACUUGAAAAGAUUCGAAUAUGCAUAUGUACCAAAAAUUUAUUGGAAUCUUAGUAGUAAGAGGGUUCUCACAACAGAAUGGAUUGAUGGUGUUAAAGUGACUGAUGUGGAAGGAAUUAAGGCUCAAGGAUUAGAUCUCUCGGAUGUUGAUAAUAAAUUUAUCACACUAAUGGGAGAACAAAUAUUUCAUACAGGAUUUGUUCACGCUGAUCCUCAUCCUGGAAAUGUUUUUGUAAGGAAAGGAAAGGACAAAAAAGCACAAAUAGUGCUAUUGGAUCACGGUUUGUACGAACAUGUGCCAGAGAAGAUAAGACAAACCUUGUGCAAUUUUUGGGAAUCUAUGGUCUUGAGAAAUUAUCAUUCAUUGAAAACUUUUGCAAACGACUUGAACGUAGAAGAUUACAUAUUACUAGCAGAAAUGUUCACUCAGGCACCGUACAUAGUUUCCUUUACGUCAUGUUCGAACGAUACAACAGACGAGUACAUGAAAAGACAUGCACAGGAGCGAUUCGAUAAAAUAACGGCUGCAUUGAGAUCGAUGCCUAAGAGUAUGAUGCUAGUAAUUAGAAACUUGAACAUGGUUCGUGCCAUUAUUAGAGAUCACGGGAAUAUUGUCAAUCGAUACAGGGUAAUGGCAAGACUUGCAACACGUGGAAAAUAUCAAGUUACAAAACAAACCUUUUAUAAAGAUAUCAAAGGCAUUUGCAGCGUCGUAAAAUUUGAAAUUCUUAUCUUUUUCAACAAUCUUCUACAAUGGAUACCUAAAGUUUAUCUAACUUUCCUAAAAGUAUUAGGUUAUGAUGUUACACCAAUUCUGCAAAUCCUGUAACUCAAGAGCUAAAAAAUUAUAAGCAUACAUGAUGCAUAUAAUAUUAGAUAAUAAAGGCUACAUUAUUUGCAAUGAUUGUAUAUAUUGAUCAUGUUGUUGGAAUGUAAAAUAUUGUAUAAAUAUUGCACUGUACAGAUAUAUCGUGAAUUCCAAAAUGUGACGAAAAUUUCCUAGUGUAUAAUGUAAUAUGAAUUACAGACAUUUAAUACCGACAGUAUGUUUUUCAGACGCACCUGUAGUUAAUAUUCUUUGAUAUUAUGUGUAAUACAACACUAAAGUGUAAUAUAACAUAAGAUUAAAAUAAUAAGUCAGUGAUCAAUAAAUGCAGUCAAAUAGUUUCCGAUUUGAAAUGUUUGUAAUUAUUUCUUAAUUUUAUAUUUCUCAAUAAACGUAUUGCAAACAAAACGUAAAA